AUGCAAGAAAUUUGAUAGGUAUACCGUUGUGCACACAAACUGAUGACGUGUUGUGGUAUUCACAUGUCAAGUCCUUCUGAGGAAGUCGGCUUGUAAACUUAAGAAGGGUUGCAUACAGUCAGGUAUUUAUUGACAGAAGUAGUAAACAACAUCAUCAUGGGGAAGAAAAGCAGAAAAGGUGGAGGUGGAAAGCAGGCAGCUAAAGAGAACACCACCAGUACUGAGGGGGCCAGCCAAACCCAGGUCCUACCCAAGGCUGCCAAGAGAGAUGUUACAGAGCUAGUUAACCAGCUCCUUGACAUCUGCUCCAAGCCACCAGCCACUGGGUCAAAGGAGUGGGAUGACUUCCCAGAAAUACAUGGACUUGUGGAGAAAAUCCGAAAAAUACAAUCAGCCAUAGCCCCACCAGAAAAGAGCCGAGAUCAGUGUUUCCCAGCAUUCCUGGAGUGGUUAGCCAACAAUGGCGUGGACACAACAUCAGCAGAGAUUGUGCAGUAUCAAGACUUGGGACAUGGGCUCAAGGCAAAUAAAGAUCUCAAGGAAUCAGAGCUGUUCCUGUCUAUCCCGAGGAAGCUGAUGUUGACUGUGGAUUCAGCCAAGAAGUCUGUCCUUGGAAACCUGAUCAGUGAGGACAAGAUACUCCAGGCAAUGCCCAACAUCACUCUAGCUCUGCACCUACUGUGUGAGAAGUGGGCGCCAGACUCACUGUGGAAGCCCUACAUAGACAUCAUGCCGACAAGUUACACAACUCCACUGUACUUCAGCCAGGAGGAGCUCCAGCAGUUCAAGGGCUCCCCAGCAUUGGGGGAUUCCCUCAACCAGUACCGAAACAUUUCCCGACAGUACGCCUACUUCUAUAGGCUACUUCAGAAAAACCCCAAAGCCAGUAAUCUUCCUAUAAAAGACAUUUUCACAUUCGAUGAAUAUAGGUGGGCAGUAUCGACUGUGAUGACCAGGCAGAACCAGAUACCUACCAAGGACGGGUCUCAGGCAACGUUUGGUCUCAUCCCCUUCUGGGACAUGUGCAAUCACUCUAAUGGCUAUUUCACAGCUGACUACAAUGUAGAGAAGGAUUGUAGUGAAUGCUACACUCUGAGAGAGUUCAAAUCUGAAGAACAGAUCUUCAUUUUCUAUGGUGCUCGAUCCAAUGCAGAGUUCCUUGUACACAAUGGGUUUGUGUACCCAGAGAAUGAACAUGAUCGCUUGUGUCUAAAACUAGGUAUCAGCAAGGGAGAUUCGCUUUUCGCAGCUAAGGCCGAAGUCCUGAACCGGAUAGGGCUGCAGCCGUCCAGAGCCUUCUUCCUACAUGUGGGUGACAACCCUGUUGAUGGAGAUCUGCUAGCAUUCCUUCGGGUCUUCAACAUGGAGGAAGACCCCCUGAAGUCCCGGUACAACAGUGCUGCGAGUCAGGAAGACGUGGAGCAGCUGAAGGACCUGGAGACUCCUGUAACAGAGGAGAAUGAACAGAAGGUGUGGUCCUUCCUGCAGACCAGGGCGGCCAUCUUGCUCAAAGCCUACCCAACAACACUAGAGGCUGAUGAGGAGCAGUUGAAGAAGUCGGACUUGUCCCCAGCUCUACUUCUUGCUCUCCAACUCAGGACUUGUGAGAAGAAGAUUCUCCAGACCACUGUGGAGUAUGCCUCGCAGAGGAAGGCAGGCAAUCAGCAGCAACAGCAGCAGAACGGGAGCUAGCAAUGUGUCUCACCCAGUCACUGUGUGCCUCAUGUAUGUGUGAGAUGGAUCAUUUGGACUGAUCAUGGAUGGUAUAGUUGGACAUGGGUCGUAUGGACCAUUCUGGCAUGGAUCACUCAUAUGGGUGGAACAUGGAUCAUAUGGACCUGG